GGGCACGGCUGACAGCGAUGGCGGGGAGCAGCUACUACAUGGCGCCUGAGGUGCUGGACCACUGCUACGGCGCCGAGGCGGACAUGUGGAGUGUGGGCGUUGUGCUCUUCAUCCUGCUGGCCGGCGUGCCGCCCUUCUGGGCGGACAGCGAGGCGGGCAUCUUCAGCGCCAUCCGGGCGGCGCGUGUGGACGUGUUCAGCGGGGGGUGGGCGCAUGUCUCCCCCGACGCCAAGGACCUCGUGCUGCGCCUGCUCACCCGCCACCCCGCCCGCCGCAUCACCCCCGACAAGGCCCUCU